AUGGCAACUAGAGCUUCUAGUUCAAGAAGAGUCUCUCCAGCUUCUUUCACACCCAUGGACGUGACUCUCUUCUUCUUCUUCUUCCUCUUAACUCUCACUGCUUUAGUGGAAGCUGCUGGUCGUGGAGUGAACAACAACAAUAAAAAUGGCGCAUUAGGAGCUUCGUUUAUAUUUGGAGAUUCUCUAGUCGAUGCGGGAAAUAACAAUUAUCUACCGACGUUGUCUAGAGCCAACAUGAAGCCUAAUGGUAUUGAUUUCAAAGCCUCCGGAGGAAAUCCUACCGGGCGGUUCACCAAUGGCCGGACCAUCGGUGACAUCGUUGGGGAAGAACUUGGAUCAGCGAACUACGCGAUCCCAUUCUUAGCACCAAACGCAACCGGAAAAGCUUUAUUAGCCGGUGUGAAUUACGCAUCAGGUGGAGGAGGAAUCAUGAAUGCCACCGGAAGAAUCUUUGUGAAUAGGCUGGGUAUGGAUGUACAAGUCGAUUUCUUCAACACUACAAGGAAACAAUUCGACGAUCUUCUUGGAAAAGAUAAAGCAAAAGAUUAUAUAAGCAAGAAAUCGAUAUUCUCAAUCACUAUAGGAGCAAAUGAUUUCCUCAACAAUUAUCUCUUUCCACUUCUCUCCGUUGGAACAAGGUUCACUCAAACUCCUGAUAAUUUCAUCGACGACAUGCUUGAUCAUCUACGCGACCAACUAACCAGGCUGUAUCAACUGGAUGCGAGGAAGUUUGUGAUCGGGAACGUUGGACCAAUCGGGUGCAUACCGUACCAGAAAACGAUUAAUCAAUUAGCCGAAGACGAGUGUGUGGAUUUGGCUAAUAAACUAGCAAAUCAAUACAAUAUUCGACUAAAGAGUUUAUUAGAGGACCUAAACACGAAACUUCCCGGAGCAAUGUUCGUCCAUGCCAACGUCUACGAUCUCGUCAUGGAACUCAUUACCAACUACAAAAAAUACGGGUUUAUAACGGCGACAAAGGCUUGUUGCGGUAAUGGAGGACAAUUCGCGGGUAUAAUUCCAUGCGGACCAACUUCAAGUAUGUGUGAAGAUAGGGACAAAUAUGUGUUUUGGGAUCCUUAUCAUCCGAGUGAAGCAGCAAAUGUUAUCAUCGCGAAGCAAUUGUUAUACGGUGAUAUUAAAGUUAUAUCUCCGGUUAAUCUCAGUAAACUUAGAGAUAUGUGA